CCAUGCGCACUUUUGUGCUCAAGAUCUUGUGUCUUCCCCCUUAACCUCUCGGGCAAUCCAGCUACUGACUGUGAUAAGCCUUGUGAUUAUUAUUAAUGUCAAAUAAUUAAUACAAUUUUGGAGCUAAAAACCCUAGAUUACCUGAUUCGAGAGAGAGAGAGAGAGAGAGAGAGAAACCCUAGAUGAACAAGAGGAGGUGACUUCUGAGUUUGUGUGUGUAUUGGAAGGAAUUGAGUUUGUGUGAAUGGCGGAGCACUUGGCGUCGAUAUUCGGAACAGAGAAGGACAGAGUGAACUGCCCUUUCUACUUCAAGAUCGGAGCUUGCAGGCAUGGCGAUCGCUGUUCAAGGCUCCAUACCAAGCCCAGCAUCAGCCCUACUCUCCUCCUCUCCAAUAUGUACCAGCGCCCCGACAUGGUCACUCCCGGCGUCGACCCCCACGGCCACCCUCUCGACCCCCGCAAAAUCCAACACCACUUCGAUGAUUUUUAUGAAGAUUUGUUUGAGGAGCUGAGCAAGUAUGGAGAGAUAGAGAGCCUGAACAUUUGUGACAACUUGGCUGACCACAUGGUGGGUAAUGUAUAUGUUCAGUUCAGAGAAGAAGAACACGCUGCAAAUGCACUUCAGAAUCUGAGUGGGAGGUUUUAUGCAGGGCGCCCCAUCAUUGUCGACUUCUCCCCAGUGACAGAUUUUCGUGAAGCUACUUGUAGGCAAUAUGAGGAAAAUGUAUGCAAUCGGGGUGGCUACUGCAAUUUCAUGCAUUUGAAAAAGAUUGGCAGAGAGUUGAGGAGGCAAUUAUUCGGGAGGAGUAGGCGAAGGCAUAGCCGUAGUCCACCGAGGCAUCACAAUUAUGAGGAGCGUUCGCAUGGUGGCCGUGGUUCUGGUAGGAGGGGUGAUGAUCGAGACCACCGCCACCAUGACAAGGGAAGGAGGCCUAGAAGCCGAAGUCCUGUACGAAGGGGAGGACGAAGCAGAAGCCCCGGGGAAAGGAGAAAUAGGAGCCCAGUUAGGGAAGGCAGUGCUGAGAGAAGGGCAAUGAUUGAGAAGUGGAAUAGGGAAAGGGAUGUGGAAUCUGCUAACAAGAAUGGUAACAAUGAUAAUGACGACAAUGGCAUUACAGAGAACCGAGAACAGUAUAACGACCCUCAUGAGGAGCAGCACCCGCAGGAACACAGAGGCUAUGACUACUGAUCCAAGUGGCAGUGUUGUUGGGUGGAGUACAGGUUCAUUGUCAUAUGAUAUUCAAAAACAUUUUUUUCUUCCUUUUUUCCUCUCAUCCAUUAAAAGAAGCUGAAAAUGAAUUUCAAAGAAAAGACACAAAGGACCACCUCAGUACUUGAAUGCCUACACUAAAACCCUUCCAAUUCUCCAAUUUGUCAUCUCCCAUUCAACGAUUUUUCAUACUCUUUUUUAUGCAGAUUUUCUAAAACUUGGUUAUGGUGAUACCAAACCUUUUUCUCAGCGAGUUUCUAAUAGUCCAAUAUGUUUGCAAAAUUUGACCUACUUUCUAGCUAUUUUCUUCUCUUGAGAGCACACGGAGAGUCUCAUGUUUUGAUAUGAAAAAUGAGUGUGUCAAACAUGGUGAGAGAUGCUAUUUCAGGUUCUCAACUUUCUCAAUCCACUCUUAACUAAAAGAUGCAAAAUACUUUUUUCCCUGGAAAAUUUUGGACAAAAGCAAGUGUGGUACAGUGAUACUCAUGCAUGGAUUAUAAUUCAUUAUUAUAUUUUUAUCGUAGUUUGUGAUUCUUACAUAUUUCCCAAGUGUUGCAGGUUCAGGUAUUCCUGGUUCCAGGAUUGAGCCUCAUUUUUAUGCCAGCUUACCAUGAUAUUUGUAUACAGGUUCACACUACCAUUGUCUGCAGACCAAGUUUAUACAGGACCUAACAUCGUUAGCUGGAAAACAACUCAAGCAGCUUUCAGCUUUUAAACUGAUGAAUAUCAUCACUGAAGGUCGUUGGCUAAUGUCAUCUUCGUCAUGUGUCUUUUUAAUAUUAGCUUAUGGAUACUAGAUCAUAUGGUGCCUAAGAAGCAGCCAUAAUCCUGCUUUGUCACACUAUCUCUUCAAGUCAUUUCAGAAUUAUUCUGUGCUAUUUGUAUUGUGCUUUUGGUUUUCUAUAGUUUGCUUGUUAAAUAGUACACAGAACUUUCAGCAUGUUUGGUACUGUUCUUAGCAUUUUUGGUUUAUUUU